CUUUUUCCAAAGCCCCAGAUAAACCAGACUGCCAUUAAUAAGGCAAGGAGGGUUAGGACGAGCAGCAUCUCAGCAAUCUGGAGAGGUAAGGUGCAGUUCUGUCUGAGGCUGGCCCCAGCUCGGGGUGGGAACAGGGUCACAGUGAGGAUGCAAUUGGGACAUUAUUUACACAUCUGCAGCAGGAGUUUAUUUGCUGAUGUUAAGAAAUGCCAUAGCUGGAGGCUCUGCGCAGUGGGAUCAGGAAGCUGAGCACAGAUUUUCUGUGUCUUUGUAGCUGUGUGCUCAUUCUGGGUGAUAAACAAGUUCCUUGAGAGGAGAGCUCUGAAAAAUGUCUGUAACCUGCUGGUGAGUUUAGUUCCAGGUUCUGGGGUUUGAAAUGGGAUUUGUGGUCAGAAACUGUUGAGCAGUUUCCCCUUGGAGAGCUGGGCUGUCACAAUUCUCUGAUGGCUGCUCUUCCUCGCUGCUCAGCUCCACGUACAGAGAUGGAAAUAGAGCGAGUAAUUGCGCCAGCUUGGGUAAAAUGAAGGAGAUGUAGGAAACAAAGCUUGGUAAUGUAAAGCUGAACAUAAGAAUAACAGAAGAAGCUGGCCUUUUUCACCCUAAUCUUGAGAUCUGUACAAGAAAUGGUGAUGAGCUUUUUAGAGUGCUGGUGACAGCGUAGGCUGGAGCUGCCUGGACGGGGUAAUCUCUGCAAACCCCUCAGCCAGAGUGAAGUGACACUGCAGCCCUGCCAGCCCCACUCCCCUCCUGCUAAAAAUGACUCAUGGCAGCUGUUGGGAAGUGGAGCCCAUGUGUUUCCUGGUGCUGCUUUGGGAAUAUGAUCCAGAUCCUGCAGGAGAGAGAGAAAGCAGCAGAGCGAAUAAAGGGGGAGCUGGGAAGCUCUGGAGAAUAACUUGCUUAUUUUAAGCCUGGUGAAGAAAGCUCAAUCUUUGUAGUGAGGUUCAGGGAUGAAGCAGAGCUGCUACUAAAGGUCCUAGCCUGGGAAUCAGAGAAUUCCUGCUUGAAUCUGUCCAUGAAGGAGGUGGGUGACGGGCUGCACGAGCAGAUGAACUGCAUGAUGGGCGCCCUGCAGGAGCUGAAGCUGCUGCAGGUGCAGACGGCCCUGGAGCACCUGGAGCUCUCGGAGCAGCGCCGCUGCUGCAGGAGCAGCACAGGGACGGGGCUGGGGGACACCCAGGGACACUGCCCCCCGUCCCUGGCGUGUCCCGUGCCACAGCCAGCCAGCCUGUGCCAGCCUGCUGCACGCCCAGAGAGCCACCAGCCCCGGGACAGCCCCUGCUCCUCGCAGAGCCUCUGCAGGGACAGUGUGUGCCCCCCUAAAGGACCUUCCUGCGUGCCCCGGGCACCAGAGCCCAGCCAGGGCACGGCUGGGGCAUGGGCACCGUGCCAGGAGUGCCCGGGCUGUGACGAUGGCCACGACUGGACCUCGUCCCUGAUGUCGCAGAGCAGGAACCGGCAGCCGCUGGUGCUGGGCGACAACAUCUUCGCAGACCUGGUGGGCAACUGGCUGGACCUGCCCGAGCUGGACAAGAAGGGCGACAAGGGCGAGGCCUCCCUGUCCCUGAGCAGGUCCCAGGAGCUCUGCAGGAAGUUCUCCCUCACAACAAACAUCUUCAAGAAGUUCCUGCGCAGCGUGCGGCCGGACCGCGACAGGCUGCUCAAGGAGAAGCCCUGCUGGCUCCCGCCCGAGGACAAACAGCCCCACAUCUCCAAGAGGUCCAAAAAGAUCAGCAAACUCAAGGGCACGUUUUACCUGCCCCUGCACGGCAACCUGCAGAGCCACCACAGCAAGGCAGAGAGGUGCCCGAGGGCAGAGGGCCGUGGUGAGCACCCCAAGGGGGGCACCAGGAAAGUGCCCGAGCCCAGAGACUACAGCCAGGCUGGCUUUGACAUCAACACGGCCGUGUGGGUGUGAGCCUGCUCUGCCCAGCCUCUCACAGCCCUGCUCUGCCCAGCAUCUCCACACCCACCGCCAGCUGGAGGCCGCCCACCUGCUCAGGGACUCUGACAAGAGAGGGUCCUGCAGAAAUGCUGCACACGGAAUUUUCUGCACAACUCCAGCUCCAGGGACUGCCUGAGCAGCAGCUCCUCGUGGGGAGACCUUUGGGGACCAAUAUUGGCAAAAAUAAUGCAGAUCUUUAGCAGCUUUAGGGUGAGUGGUGCCACAGGUAAUUAGCUCCUGGUGCCAGGCCCAUUCCAUCAUCUCCAGCUCAAUGGUGCAGCACAAAAUCCAUGGUGUGCAUGUGUGUGUAUGAGUGUGCAGAUAUAUAUAUAUAUAUAUAUAUAUAGUUUUGUUAAAAAAAUCUAUUCCUGCUUGUGUGCACUUGAAACUGGGUUACAAACCUGGCAUCCCAAGCCUUGUACCUGAAGCACUUGUUAUUUAAAUGGAAAGAAAUAAUUUGAAUUUAUAAGACUUGAACAAUUGCUGAGUGGGGGCCAGACCCCCAGCUUUGGGGGAGUUUCUCCUUAAUCUGUGUCCCUGGUGCCCUGCCAGCAUCUCUCCCUCCCCUGCCAGUCCAACCAGGGGGCACAAGGCUCCUUACAGGGGUUUGUGACCGGGGGUCUCGGUGGGUUUGCCCCUUCCCCUUGUCCCUGUGGAUUGAUGCAGGUACAGCACUGCUGAAGUUCACGGUUGGAUUUUCUCCCAGAUGCAAAGUUCGGUGCCCCAUCUCGUGUUGUGUUCCUGUUGCUGUUGUACAAACCCUGCUGUGACAGAACCAAGUUCUUCUGUGUCCGACUCUGAGAGUUUCCAAUAAAGUGGGAUUGUCUCACUCUG